AGUGCCAAGCCAAGCAAAGUCUAUUAGGCGUCCUUUUUUCUCCUCCCAAUCCUGAAAUUAGGAAUGCUGCCUCUUAACAGCCACAAUCCCACUGCGACAAGACUCUGGGCGAGGAUUCCAUGCGUGUUAUCUCUCGCUACUAGUCAUGUCUAUCACUACUAAUCUAUUUUCUCGUCCUGUUGGCUGUCUGGGCAGCAGGGGCCAAGCAGAUACAUGUCCAGCGUUAAUUGCAUUGGCAUUGUAUACGGUAGUGUACGGUGUGCUCCGCAUGGUCCAGAGUAUAUGCAGUGUACUCCAUUCUCCUUACAUACCAAUGAUAUCAAACCGUCCACUCGCGUGCAUUGCAACCCGAAACGACCUCCGAAAGAUUUUCUUCACGGCCCGCCGGUGGUUUCCCCGAUUUUCAGCAACCCCGAGGCUUCCGGGUCCUGGACCCUGGCCUCUGGGCAAAUCACUACGGACAAUCUGGGCACGCCCCUUUCUUACCUUCCGGAAACACCACCGACUCCCACUCGGCACCAUUCUAUAACUUCGCUACAGGUACACAACAUAAGCUUUCGGGAUUGGUCGUAUUUUGUCCGCUCCCGUCGGUUUCAGCCGGUUUAUUUUGUUGCUAUAGCGCGAGGGUUUAUUAGGUGCGUAUCGCUCACGUGCUUGGCAAUGUCCGGUACUGCAGCUGUUGAUGAUUCGUCGGGAUUGUCUUGCGAACAUACCUUGGCGUGGAAGUAACCGUGACAUACGACAAGACUGAGCGGGGGUUGUGUUGAAUUGAAUGGGAUGCAUCCGCUUCAGCUCUCUUCCAAGCACUGCGACAUUGUCCAGUCUAUUGGUUUCUGCACCCAUCCCACAUCACUUCAGCAACCGCCGGGCACGAACGAAUGAAAUUCAUUCCUUUGUGGUCAAAAGUCUUGUCCCGGAUGAUCUUUUUUUUUUUUUUUUCCUUCCUGUUUCUCCUGUUCUCUCCGUCUUGUCUG